AUGCAGUCCCGCCAGUCCUCCCGCGCCCGCCUCAUCCCCAUCCUCGACAAGGAAACCCCCCCGCAGCGCACCAUGUCGUGGGACACCCUCAACCCCUUCAGCCCGCGCUGGACCCCUGCCGAUAGGAAGCGCGCCGGUGUCUUUUUCUUGUCUGUCGUUGUCGGCCUCGCCAGUGGGAGUAAUUAUGUGUACUCGGCGUAUGCGCCGCAGCUGGCAAACCAGCUGCAGGUCAGCGCGACGACUGUCAAUCUCGUCGGACUCGCCGGCAACUUUGGGGUAUACACCACCGGGCCUCUGUGGGGCAAGAUAGUAGACUCGAGGGCUAUGCUGAUAUCUAGUAGCCCGCUGUUGACAGGCGGGAUCUGCUGCCUGCUCGGCUACUCGCUCGUCCACGCCUUCUACACCCACUCCAUCCCCAUCCGCUCCUCCUCUUCCUCCGACAUCUCCACCCCCCGCCUCGCAUUCCUCAUGCUCUCCAUGUUUCUCACCGGGGCCGGCGGGUCGGCAGGCUUGGGGUCGGCUGUGAAUGCGGUAGCAAAGUCGUUCCCUGAUGCCACCCGCGCAAGUGCUACGGGCGCUGUGCUGGCAGGUUUCGGGCUGAGUGCUUUUUUGUUUUCUUUCCUUGGCCAUCUGGUAUGGCCUAGUGAUUCCGGUGGGCUGCUAGGGCUGUUGGCAGUGGGCACUUCUGUCCCAAUGCUCCUCGGCGGCCUCUUCAUCCACCCCGUCUUUCCGGAAGAACCCCACCCAGAAUACGAGCACUUGGAUCAAGACGAACCUGGUGUAGAGGUGGUGGUGGAAGACUACGACUCGCCCGCCCUCUCACGCACCACCUCCCUCGAGAUGAGUCGUUCCAUCGACCUCUCCCGCUCCCGUUCCCCCGCCAGAGGCCGCGACCACCACCCCCACGCCCACUUUGCCCCUCUCCCGCACCCUUCCCACCCCUCUCACCCCUCUAACCCCCCGCAGAAACGCUCCCAAUCCCUCUCCUCCCUCCCCCCCACCUCCCUCCACCACUCCCCCCUCGACAUCCUCCAAACCCCCGACUUCUGGCUCCUCUUUUCCAUCCUCGCGCUCCUCUGCGGUACCGGUCUCAUGUAUAUCAACAACGCCGGGACUGUCGUGCUCGCCCUAGGCCGGGAGGGCCAUAUGCAAUUCGACCGCGAAAAGAUCUCGGGCUGGCAAGCGAAACAAGUCGGCCUAGUCUCCAUCUGGAACUGUUCCGGCCGUCUUAUCGGGGGCUUCUACUCUGAUUUCAUCAAAUCCAAAUACCGCAUAUCCCGCAUCUGGACACUCCCCCUCGUCUCCCUCCUCUUCAUCAUCUCCCAACUGUCCGCCCUCUCCACCUCCCACGCCUCCUCUUUGUGGGCUGUCUCGAGUCUACUUGGGGUAGCGUAUGGAGCAUUGUUCAAUGUGAUGCCGAUGUUGGUGCUGGAAUGGUUUGGGAUGCGGCACUUUUCGCAGAAUUGGGGGUGGACGUCGGUGGCGCCGAUUAUUGGGUCGAACGGGUUUAAUCUUGUGUUUGGGAAGGUUUAUGAUGCUCAUACGGUUCGUUCCCCUUUUCCUUCUCCUGCUCAUGUUUGCCUUGGGGCUGCUGUGGGAGUCGUGAAAAGGGCAGGAGGGGUGCCGGUACCAGAUGACGGGUCGCAUGAUUGUCUGGUAGGAAACCAAUGCUACACCACCGCAUUCCAACUGUCCUCCCUCGCCUGCGUCUUGGCCUUGGGGCUGAGUCUGUGGGCUGGGGUGAGGAGGGAGAGGAUGGGGAGGGAGAGGAGGAGGAGGGUGUUGAUGGAAGAGAGUGGGCGAUUACCGCCGGAGAGUGUGCCCGUCUAG